ACGAGAUGUGAAAUGGAGAAAUACCUGGCACCUCAGCUUCCGCCCGUUCCUGUCAUCCCUGAACAUAAGAAGUACAGAAGAGACAGUGCCUCAGUCGUAGACCAGUUUUUCACUGACAGCGAAGGGUUGCCUUACAGCAUCAACAUGAACGUCUUCCUUCCCGACAUUAGCCACCUGAGAACUGGCCUGUACAAAUCUCAGCGACCCUGUGUAACCCACAUCAAGACAGAGCCGGUCACCAUCUUCAGUCACCAGAGCGAAACUACUGCCCCUGCCCCUGCCCCUGCCCCAACUCAGGCCCUCCCUGAAUUUACCAGCAUCUUCAGCUCCCACCAAACUCCUGAUGUGAACAACAUUUUCAUCAAGCAGGAGCUUCCUACUCCAGAUGUUCAUCUUUCCGUCACACCCCAGCAAGGCCAGUUAUAUCAGCUCUUGAGCUCACCGGAUUUAGAUAUGCCCAACACCACUACUCAGGCAGCUGUGAUGGACUCCCUUAACAAUGUCUCCAUGCCAUCAGCCAUGGCGGGCCUUAACACGCUCUCCUCGGCUGUUCCACAGACUGCAAUGAAACAGUUCCAGGGCAUUCCCCCCUGCACCUACUCCAUGCCAAACCAGUUUCUGCAGCAGCAGGCCACUUACUUCCCUCCUUCACCCCCAAGCUCAGAGCCUGGAAGCCCAGAUAGACAAGCAGAGAUGCUACAGAAUUUAACUCCUCCUCCGUCAUACGCUGCAACUAUAGCUUCCAAGCUGGCAAUUCACAAUCCGAAUUUACCAGCGACUCUGCCCAUAACCCCCCAGAACAUCCAACCAGUCAGAUACAACAGGAGAAGUAACCCAGACUUGGAGAAAAGACGUAUCCACUACUGUGACUAUCCCGGCUGUACAAAAGUUUAUACAAAGUCUUCUCACUUAAAAGCGCACCUGAGAACUCACACGGGUGAGAAACCGUACAAGUGCACAUGGGAAGGCUGCGACUGGAGAUUCGCUCGCUCGGAUGAAUUAACACGCCACUACAGGAAGCACACGGGGGCAAAGCCCUUCCAGUGCGCUGUCUGCAAUCGGAGCUUCUCCCGCUCCGAUCACCUGGCUCUCCACAUGAAGAGGCAUCAGAACUAAAAGCUGGACUUGUCGUUGAGGCGGUUCUGUAUCUAUGCAAUUUCCUAUUGACUCUCGACCUACAACUAAAAUUAGUUUAAUUUUUGAGUAUGGGUUAUCCAUUCAAAAAGAAAUCUCAAAAGAAACUGGAAAUGUAUAUUUUGUAUAUUUAUGCAGAAAAAGGGAAGACACUGUAUCACAAUACCAGAGUGUUUGGUCGUUUGUUUGCUCUCAUGAUGUAUAUGGCUUUAGUCAGCAGAUUUCAUCUCUUUACAAGUAUUGUGUCUUGACACAUUGCAGCUUUAUACAUUUUUUUUUCUCUUGCGGUGUUUUGACCAAAGCACUGUCAUUAUUGUGACAAUGUUUAGUAAACAAAUUAAUGAGAGGCUGCAGAUGAAUGAACACAGUGGAAAAGCCAUGAAUUGUAAUCUGUCAGGUUUUUACUGGACAUACUUAGUACUUGUGGGGUUUUUUUUUAAUGUUAAGUCGUUCUGUGGAGUAAAGUACAUACAUAGAAAAACUCAUAAACAGCCAUAGAACAAAAUAUUUUGUUCUUUAUGUUGCAUGUUUGCUAUGACAAAGAUUUUGUAAAUAUGCAAAUCAGCUUUUUAGGUUUAAUACAAAAGUUUUCUAAGAAUCUUCUG